AAUGCGACCCCAAAACCGGGGAAGAAGAGCGCUAAAAGGAGAGGCAGAGGCGGAGCAGCAGCAGCCACCAGUCGCCAGCAGCAGCGGCAAUGACCUCACCACCGCGCCGGCCUCAUGUGAUGCUAGUGGCCUUUGCAGCACAGGGCCACCUCAAUCCCAUGCUCCAGUUCGCCGGCCGUCUGGCCGCCAAGGGCGUCGACGUCACGCUGGCGUCGACCCAGGACGCUCGCGAUAGGAUGCUGAGUGCCCGGAGGGACCAUGAUCAGGCGGCCGCCUCCAUGACUGCGGCCCCUCGUCAAGUCAACAUCGAAAUCGAGUCCUUCUCCGAUGGGUACGACCAUGGCGGCGACGUAACCUUCGACAUCAUCCGGUACAUGAACCAACUCGGAGCAGCCGGUCCGCCUAACCUGACAGAGCUCAUCCUUGAGCUCGGCCGGCGAGGCCGCCCGAUCACCUGCCUGGUCAACAACCCCUUUGUCCCCUGGGUCCUGGACGUCGGCGCCCGGCUCGGCAUCCCAUGCGCCACUCUCUGGAUCCAGUCCUAUGCCCUUUACGCCAUGUACCGUUCUCACCACCAGGACCCGUCCCGGUUCGAGGAAAACGGUUCACAUCUUACAAUCCCGGGUCUACCUCCCAUCAGAACCGAAGAUCUCCCCUCUUUGGUCCGGGCAGAUAAUCCAUACCAGAUCUUCACUAGAUUGCUCGCAGAGCAGUUUGAGAAGAUGAAGGCAAACCGGUGGGUGUUCGCCAACUCGAUCGCCGAGCUCGAGUCCGAGAUAAUCGAAACGGUGGCCGAGCUGCAGCACAUAAAACCGGUCGGCCCGCUUGUACCGGUUACUCUUCUUGGCCAGUCUAAAUCCGACUCGUGGAAUGUUCGAGCCGAUAUGUGGGCAGCUGAACCGGAUUGCCUAGGUUGGCUCGACCGGCAGGCUGAUAAUUCAGUCAUCUACAUUUCUCUUGGUAGCUUUGCAACUGUUUCAGCCGAGCAGAUGGCCGAGUUGGCUUGGGUUUUGAAGAACAGCAAGGUUCCGUUCUUGUGGGUGGCAAAACCCAAACGAGGCGAAUCGGAUGUAGGACUUCCAGAGGGUUUUGUGGAGGAGACUUCUGAUCAGGGUCGCGUCGUAUCUUGGUGUCCUCAAACAGAUGUCCUCGAACAUCAAGCGCUGGCCGCUUUCUUAACACACUGCGGGUGGAACUCAACCCUCGAGACGUUGUCGGCAGGAGUCCCAGUCAUAGCGUUCCCCCAGUGGACCGACCAACCAACGAAUGCCAAGUUCUUGGUUGAUGUCUUCCGCGUCGGGGUUCGGCUCCAGGUGGGUCCGAACGGCCUGGUCUCUAGAGAGGAAUUCGAGAGGUGCAGGAGGGAGCUGAUGACGGGCGAGAUCGCGGGGGAGAUGCGAAAAAAUGCGCAGCGAUGGAAGAGCGUGCUGAGAACGGCGGCUGCCGACGGCGGUUCUUCAGAUCGGAAUAUCCAGGAGUUUGUGGACGAGCUUAUCUCACUGGAUCCGCAACCUGAAUCGGCGGAUCCAAGUGGGCAGGUGAACUGAAUGGUCUUCAUCUUUGGGUUGUGAUUUCGCCGAAGCGCCUUUCUUAUCAGGUCACGAUCCAGUGUGCUAACUCAUUUAAGAUUCGAAUAUCCUGUUAGAAAAGGAGAAGAGUUCUGCUCCCAAAAUUGCUUGCUCA